AUGACCGAGGAGGCGAUGCUGGAAUGGCUCACCUACUCGACGGACAUGCGUGGAGUGGACGUCUUGACGUACAGAACCCCGACUUCCCACGAAACGAUCCUGCAUGUUGCGGUGGACCGAGACUUCGCCCGCGCCGUGCGAUGCCUCGUUGCCACAUAUCCUGGAAUCGUUGACGUACAAGACGUCUACGGCACAACUGCGUUGAUGCAUGCGAUUGUCAAGCGCUGUGAUAUGGACAUCGUGCAUACUUUAGUGCACGCGACUACCGACUGGGCCAUCAAGUGCCACGACGGGUACUCUGCCAUGUACCUCGCAGCAGAGCAGUCUCGCUUGGACGUGUCUCGAUGCAUCCUACCGGAGCUACCCGACGAAGGCGCUCACGACUUGUUCACGGCGAUCGCAGAGAAUGACUCGGAUAUUCUUCGACAUCUCUUGGCGGCCGGAGUGUCUCCAUCGCUCAAACGCCCAGAUGUCCUUCAGACCCCCGCCCUUCACAGCGCGAUCCACAAUCCCACGCUUCUCGCCAUCCUCCUCGACAUCGAUCCAUCCCUGGUCGAUGGAAAAGAUCGCCAAGGCCAGACGGCGCUCGCAGUGGCGUCGACACUGGGAGAACUGGACGCGAUUCACCUGCUGCUCCAGCACAACGCGAGUGUGGACAUGCGGGACCAUCGCGGGCGAUCCCCUCUCCACUUGGCCGCCCACCACGAGCAGUUGCAAGUCAUGCAGUGCUUGUUGGGCCAUCGCAGCACGUCGGUCGACAUCAAGGACGAUGACCAGCGCACGCCGCUGCACUUGGCGGCGGAGAAAGGAUUCGUUCGGGGGUGCCAUGUCUUGUGCAACGCAAAAGCGAAACUCCACGCCACGGAUAUGCACGGGUGGAGCCCUCUCCACAUCGCAGCGAGCCUCGGCCACCUAGACGUGUGCGCCUACUUCGUCGACCACGGAGGUCUUGUGCUCGACUGGAACGAUUCGGUGCUGUGCCGGCAUCCAUCGUCUCCCGCGUCGUGGGUCGCUGUCUCGCCCAACAAACUGUGCCUCAUUUACGCCGAACUCUGGGACGUCGGCGUUCCUUCGACCAAGGCCAAGUAUGGCACGCUGCGCAUUCGAGACUUUGAAAUGAACACACUGCUGCACGUGGCGGCGACGUACGCGGCCGGCGUCGACACAGAGUACCUCUUGACGACCUUGCAGCGCCACAUCUCGGUCCAUUCGCUCAACUGCCAUCGCGCGUCUCCGUUGCAAACCGGCAACACGAAAUCGCUUGGCUUGCUCCAAUCGAUGGGGUCCCGGGACGAUCAAGCAGCGGUUGGGUCGUGUCUUCCGUUGGGGACGGCAUCGUCCAACGACUCGAUCGACUUGGACAUCAACGACGGCCCGUUCAGUGCAUGCUCGUCGACAAAGCUCGUCAUGCUACUCCAUGAAGUCACCGUUGGUUACGCCGCGCUCGGCGAAGCCACGACCAUCUGCAUCAGCGCCGAAAACGGCGACACGAUCCUCCACGCCGUGCUGGAAUCCAUCAAACACCUCCCCGACGAUGUCCAAGAGACCAUGUUGAGCGGCCCCCACUGGCUUGGAUCGACCGCGCCAGACCUCUCGCUCCUUCUCGACCGCAGAAACUGGGCUGGCCGGACUCCGUUGCACGUGGCUGCCGCCGCGGGGGCCCUAGGUGCGUGCCGGGCUCUUGUGACGCACGGUGCAUCUCUUGCAGUUGGCGUUGGUCGGCCCGAUGGCAGGUUAAAGUUCCCGUCAUCACAGUCGGUUGAGGGCUGGACAGCGCUCAACUUUGCCGUUGAUCUUGGCCACGAUGCGCUCAUCAUGUUUGUGUUGAACCAACCGGUGGCGCGAGGCAUCUUCCCCACCGUCAGCGGCGCGAUGGAGCACUUGAAGGCAGCAGUGGCGGCAAAGCGGCCGCGACUGCUUCCUCGCGUCCAUCAACGUUUGCGGGUUUGCGACGACGCCGCGGAUGGCACGACGUUGCCAGUCGACCCCAUCACGAUCACGGCCAAACAGCGCAGCGAACAGUUUUUGAAGCACCGAGACGACCCAAGUGCGUGGAGUGUGUUCCGAGCGGUCGUGCAGUGUGAAAGGCAUGGUGUGAGUGCGCUGAAGAUGGUCGAGUGCCGCGACUUGAUCGUGAAAAGUACCGGCGACUCGUUGCUGCACAUACUGGCGUGCCAUGCUGAUCGCUGGGCCGAAGUUACAUACCUCCUGACGCAGGAGAAAAUCCCGGUCGACAUUCCCAAUCACCAAGGCAAGACGGCACUGCACUACGCCUGCGAGCACCGGGCAUUGCCGAUGGUCUCGCUGCUCGUGUCGCACGGCGCCAACCUGCGAGCCAGCCAUCGCGCCGUGCGAUUACCGCCUGUGUCGUCGCACUUUGACGUGUUAGCAGGUCAAAGGGUAGUGAAUUCCAGCAGGGUUUCCGUGAGCCAAACAGCGGACGAGGACAAAGGCAGCUCGACAAGUGGCCUCACGGAGUCGAAUCACGGCACCACCGACUCGUCGUCGACUAACACGCGGCCGUCCGAGCAGCUUCAAACACCGCUGCAUGUGUGCUUGAGCCAGUCGGUGGCAGAUGCAGUCCAUCGGCGAGAAAUCCACGGGAUAGUCGAGUUGCUGCUGCACCACCCGGCGUCGAUUGCCGAGCCGACGUCGACACCGACCAACAAAGGCGACGGUGCGGCGGAGCCACCCACAUGGAACGCCUUUGUGUUUGAGCGGGUCCUGGCCGACUUUCCGCCAUUGCUUCCGCUCUAUCUCGAUCACUUCAUGACCAUCAGCUCGUGGUACGGCGCCACGACGAUUAGUUACUCGGAGGUGAAGGACCUGUGCCGCAACGUGGACCGGCUGACGCAUAUUCCCGCCUUGAUGCUCCACCCCACGAUUCGAAACGCGCUUCAAGCUCGAUGGCGGCUGUACGGGCGAAGGCUGUACCGGAAAGAGCUCGUGCUGUCGGUCGCGCUUGUUUUGAGCUUCACCUUGUCGAACUACACGGUCCUGACGCCCCAAGACGACGACGGCAACAUGACAUCCUUUUCGCCUUGGUUUGACUUUGUCACGCCAGACGAUGCCGUCGUCGGGACAUUCAAGUUGCUUACGUGGGCGCUGGCACUCUACCAUCUCGUGUACGUGGAGCUGUGGCAGGAACUUCGCUUGCAGCGCCAUCGGUACUGGCGGUCUGUAUGGAACUACAUCAACCUGGCCACGUACUUCCUGCUCCUCAUGUCGCUGCCGCUCGAAUAUGCGUCCGUGCGGCCUGCCAUCACCGAGUCAUGCCUGAGUCUCGCGAGCAUCUUGCUCCUCUUUGGCCUCAUGCAGAGCCUCCUCGUGUACCCGACCUUCUCCGUCCUCCUCUUCUCGUUCUCUCGCAUGGUCCGAGUGGCGGUCAAAUUUUGCUGCCUCCACUUGCUGCUGCUUGUGGGGUUCACGGCAGCGUUUUAUUUGAUAUUCCACGGCAAGUCGGGCCAUGAGAGCCUGGCCAAGAGCUUUGCUAGUGUCUUUUUCAUCACGUUCGGCGAGAUCCAAUUCCAUGAAAACUAUGCCGACGUCCCGAGCCCGGUGCGGUACUCGUUUGGGCUCAUCGUCCUGAUAGCGUACCUCGUCUGCGUCAACGUCGUGGGGCUCAACAUGCUUGUUGCGAUGAUGACGUCCGAGUACGAGCAAAUUAAAAGCCAAGCGGAGGAGUUGGCAAUGCUGCAGCUGGCGUCGACCAUGCACCGCUACGAGACGUGGCUCGGGCGCCGCGCGCUGGAAAAGUUGUACGAUGAAUCGGUCUUUGGCGACAUGUGCGCUGCCGUGGCUGACGGGCCAAACGAACAUCCGCUGGUGAAACAUCCGAGUUCGAGAGCGAUCAAGAGCGACGAUGGCCAUGCAGCGGACACGAUGCUGCACGACCCGACGUCAAAGGACAUUGCGGUCGAGCGAAGCAUGGUUGAAUUGACGCAGCGAGUGACCGAGUUGGAGUCCCUCGUCCAGCAGCAUGUUCAAGCCAACCACAUGCUUCUUCAAGAGCUUGUCGGCCUGUUGCAAAGGUCGUCGUCGGCGGCGAGAUAG